AUGUUUAUUGAACGAUUUGGCGGUGUUUUUCGGAUGGCGUUGUCCCCGGCCGCCUCCAGCUCCGACGACUACUAUUUCAUGCUCGGAGUGGAAAAGACGGCCAGCGAAGUGGAGAUCAAGGCCGCCUACCGGAAACUCGCUCUAAAAUACCACCCGGAUCGGAACCCCGGCGAUGAACACGCCCAAGAAAUGUUCAAGAAAGUGUCGCUGGCCUACGCGAUUUUAUCGGACCCCAACAAGCGACGGCAAUAUGACAUCAGCGGCCCCAGCGCCUCACAGCUUGAUUUCGAGGCUUUCGACGUGUCCGGGAUGGGGGGAAUCGAACGUGUCUUCGGAGCUCUAUUCUCCUCGCUGGGCGUGCCGAUCCCGACCCAGAUUUCAACAAAGGUUCUGGCUCAAGCCCGCCAUCUUACAGAGGGGACGCCGUGCAACGACGCGACCAAAGUUCCGCUUACUCCUGGGCAAGCUAUUUCGGCAACUGUUGGGAAGCAGGAAGCCGCUUUUUACUCGAUCGACGUGCCCCAAGAAGCGUACGGCGUCUCGAUUCUCGUCACCUCGACGUCGAAUAGCAAUUUCAAGCUCGUCCUUUUUGAUAAGGAGGGUGGCGUGCGGAUGAUACAGGAAUCUCGAAAGCGGAAAAAUUGUACGCAGGCCGAUUUCUAUUUUGCGCCCGUGCAGCGCGUGAAUAUCGGCGAAUUUAACGCGAUGAAAUGCCAUAUGGAGGACAAGGAGACGCCCGUUGUUUUUCAUUAUUUGGAUACGCUCGAGACGCAGCCAGCGCUGACCCUCGAUAAAGGAUCCCGUCAUUUACUCUGUGUUUACGGCGAUAAUUGGCUGAGGGCCGUCAAAUACACGAUAACCUUCCUGCCGCUUCAACACGAGACGGCGCCCGUUAUGGAGCAGAUUUCCGGGGUCGAGCAGAAGCUGUUGGAGAAGAAACGAGAGCUAGAGCAGCUGCAUCGACAGUUCCAGGAGGCGAAAACAAAAUUCGAAGCCGUGAUAGCGCGAGUAGCCAUCGAAGAUAAGGCCGUCACCGAGAUGCUGAAGGACCGCGAACAAAAAUAUGACGAGGUGGUCACCACCGCGUCGGCCCCAUUCAACAAGACGGUCGCCAGCAGUCCCAAGAAAUCCAGCAGAUUCGGCCUUUCAUUGUUUUCA